CAAAGUUUGUGCCUGGAGCAUGGCAACAGUGACAGCUCAGCUGAUGAAUAUGACAACCCUGAAGAAAUCCUUGAAGAUGAAACACAUGAACUUACCAAAAGUUUAACUGAACUAAGGCCUGUAUCUUCAGCUGUCAGCCAAAAAAGACUGAUGCCAGGAAAUUUAGUUUUGCUAGAAUUUAAUGAUCCAGGAAACCGGCAAGCAAGGCCACUAUCCGCUUCCAAGAAAACCAUUUCAAUUAGCCAGGAUCCUGACCAUUCAGCAUAUCAAGUUAUAAAUGCAAUGCGACAGGAAAAUGAAGCAGUCGAAAGAGCAAACAGCAGACAGACAUUCUUUGACAGAGCAAAGAAGAAUGAAGAUGUGGUUUCAGCAGCUUUUGAAAGAAUUGGUCCUCCAAGUUCAAGCCAACAGAAGAAAAUUAUUAAAAACGACGAUGACAAAUCUUCAUGCAUUCAUGAAACAAAGUCAACCGUAAAAGAUGCAAUAUACAUUACAGUUGAAAUUUUAUCCAAUUGGGGAAAUUCCCAUUUUGUGGGCUUGACUGAAGUUCAGUUUUUUGAUUUGAAGAAUCAGAAAAUAUAUGUGUCCCCUCUUGACGUAGACAUAAGGAAUGCUGAUUUUCCUGGAGAUCUUCGGUGUUUGGUCAAUGGAAAAAUAAAGACUACAAAGGAACAUUUCAUGUGGAUGUGUCCUUUCCAUCCUCCUGUGCAGCUUUACUUUGUUAUCCGAAAUCCUACUCGGUCAUGUGAUUUUGACAUAUGCAAGGUGAAGAUUUGGAAUUAUAACAAGAUGCUCGGUUAUCUCGACAUUGGCGCAAAACAUGUGAGAAUAUAUAAAAAUGAAACUUUGAUGUUUGAUGGGUUCUUAGAAAAAGGAUGCGGAAAUAAAGUAUUUGAUUACAGCAACACUAUUGAUUUAUUUACUGGACAAGUGAAGUCUGUCUCCCCACCUCCUCUGUGUACGUCCAGCGACCAGAUGGAUGUAGAAAAUGAAAUCAACAGCUCAUGCAGCAAUAAUGACCAUAUGCCACAAUUCUCAUCAUUUGGAAAGUUAAGCCCUUUGCUUCAAGCCCCUACAUCAGAAAGUUACUCAGUGUUAAAAGAACAUAAGCAUCUGUUACAGUGUAGGCUAGACGAUUUAAGUACAACACAAGAGGAAGAAAGUAAUGAGACUGGAGACGUUGACGGGAAAAGACAGAAUACAUUCAGAGAGGAGUAUAGACAUAUAAAUGAAUCUAAAAAAAUGCCAGACAACUCAAUGUCUCCAUCAGGUCAUGAAGAUUUAGUCAUGAAAAAACAAAUGGAAAAAAAUACUGGACAAAUGGUAGAAGGAUCAUCAAAUAAAACUCCACAGUGGCUUUCUUCUUUAAGUAACUUUCAACAGAAUUUUCAUGAUCAAAAUUCUUUGAAGCUGGAUUUGGGAUUAACUGGUAUUCAGCCUACUAGAAGGGAUACCUGCAAAAAUGAUGACAAUAUUGUUAUAAAUGAUUUUGUUCGAAGUCCCAUUACACAUAGGAGGCAACUGGAUAGAAAUGAAAAUAGAAGAAACCUGUCUUCUUUAUCAUCUAGAAAUAUUGGUAAUGAAUUAGAAACCAGGAGCACCAAAUCUAUUUCUGAAUCAGAACAUCCAGUCAGUGCCAGAAGAAGAAAAUCACAUGUCAAUGAUAGAAGAUUGGACACUGAUCAAUGCAGUGAUGUGAUCCUGCCAACAAAAAGUAAUCAAGGAAAUGUUAACUUCAAGCAGAGUUGUAGCAGGGAUCAAGAUAACAAUAGCCUUAUGGAGUCCUGGACUUCGUUAGUGAAAUUCAAUCGGUCUCAGCGUGGUCGAAUCUCAAACAUGGAGUUUGAAGGAGAUAUCUUUGAUGAGUUUUUGCAGCAGCAAAAAAUUUGGAAGGCAACAUGUAGCAAAGAGAGAUAACCAAGAACUGUUCAAUGCAACAGAUGUGAAUUUGUAUGAAAAUGACAAAGAUGAUGGAAUUGAGUUUGAAAUACCAGUUUUACCGUUUGGUCAACGUUUAUGCAUUAAAAUAGUCACUACCUGGGGAGAUAGACAUUAUGCUGGACUUAAUGGAAUAGAACUAUAUUCUUCCACAGGCAACCCUGUUCCUAUAACAAAAAUUGAAGCUUAUCCUCCCAAUAAAAAUACAUUAUCUACAUUUAGUAAAGACCCUAGAGUUGUGUCAAACCUUAUUGAUGGUGUUAACAACACACAAGACGAUAUGCAUCUUUGGUUAGCACCAUUCACUCUUGGAAAGAUUCAGUACAUUUACUUAGACUUCGCAUCCCCAUGUCAAAUUGCUAUGAUCAGAAUUUGGAACUACAAUAAAUCAAGAAUUCAUUCAUUCCGUGGUGUUAAGGACAUGGAAAUUGUUCUAGAUCAUACUUUGAUUUUUAAAGGAGAAAUUGCCAAGGCAUCAGGCACACUUUCUGGAGAACAAUUUGGGGAUACAAUAUUGUUCACCACCAGCGAUGAAAUUUUACAGGCAAUAUCAGUUUAUGAUCAUACAUUUGAUGAGGACUUUGAAAACACACGUGUUCAGAUAGAUGAAGAAAACGUGAAGAUUCGACCAAAGACUGCAGAUAGUGGUGGAGAGGGAAUGCCCAUGACAGAGGCAGACUCCAGUGAAGAAGUACAGCCUUUUGAUACGAAAAUUAAAGAAGACAGUCCUCCAAAUCUUCUCAGUACUAUACCUGGUGUAUACAGUGGUAAAUGUCUUCAGUUGAAUUUUACAAUGACCUGGGGGGACUUGCAUUACCUUGGACUUACAGGACUUGAAAUUGUGGGACUAGAUGGUGAAGCAUUGCCUUUGAAUAUGAACAUAAUAUCUGCAUCACCUCCAGACCUGAGCAUACUUCCUGACUAUCAAGAUGAUUGCAGGACCUUAGACAAGCUCAUUGAUGGUGUACAAAUAACCACUGAAGAUUCUCACAUGUGGCUGAUUCCAUUUACCAAUGGAGGAAAUCACACUAUAACUAUCAACUUUGAUAAAGCAGAGGCCAUUACUGGACUGCGGUUCUGGAAUUACAAUAAGUCUCCUGAAGACACAUACAGAGGGGCAAAAAUAGUGCAGGUAACUCUUGAUGGAUGCUGCAUUUCCCCACCCCAGGGAUUUCUGAUUCGGAAGGGUCCUGGCAACUGUCACUUUGAUUUUGCUCAAGAGAUUCUGUUUGUUGACUAUGUGACAGAACGUCAGUGUGAUAAACAACAGUCCAGCUUUUCAAAAUGCACAGAGCCAACCAGCAUGGAUUAAUGAAGCACCAUUAAUGCCAUGCGGCUUUCUUUUCCAAUUUCAGCUGCUUACCAGUUGGGGAGACCCAUAUUACAUCGGACUGAAUGGUCUGGAGAUGUAUGAUGAACACGGAGAAAAAAUUCAGCUCUCGGAAAAUAAUAUUGCUGCUUAUCCAGAAAGCAUUAACAUUUUAGAAGAAAUAUGUGGAGAUGUGAGAACCCCUGACAAGCUCAUUGAUGGCAUAAAUAAUACCAGUGAUGGCAGACAUGCCUGGCUCUCUCCAAUUCUUCCAACCCUGGUUAAUCGCAUUUAUGUUGUUUUUUUGAUCAACCAACAAAAGUGUCACUGAUCAAACUAUGGAAUUAUGCUAAAACCCCCACAAAGAGGAGUAAAAGAGUUUGGUAUCCUUGUGGAUGAUUUGCUUGUGUACAAUGGAAUUUUAAAUAUGGUCAGCCACAUUUCCCAUGGGAUCCUGCCAACAUGUGACCCUGUAAUACCAUAUUAUACUGUCCUCUUUGCAAAUUAUCUGAAAAUAUCAGAAGCAGACAGACGAACCAUAAUUAGCAACAACGUUGAAGAUCAAGAUGUCAGAAUGAUGAAUGAUAAUAAAAUAGUUGUCAACUCCAAGAAGAACCAAACUCCUGAUCCAGCGUUACGUCCAAAAACUUGUUUAACUGCCAAGGAGAAAGGACAAAUAAGAAGACUUUAA